UAGAAAGUCUCUGUAGUCGACGUCGGUUUAUAUUUUUGUGCCCAAUAAAUUGUCUAUUUAGGUGUGAUUCGAAAAGCAUGGAUAAUUAAGUGUGUUUUAAGUAGUGAAAACACACUCUCUAGUUUCUAUACCUAUUAAAGUAUAUUAAAUUCAUCAAGAAAUCGUAAAAAAUUGUACGCGCAAGGAAAAAGAUCAUUGGAAUCAAUUGGAAUAUAAUUUCAAUAUUGACCUAGAGGCGAACAUCGUACAGUGUAAAAGCAAUAAGAAAACGUAUAUAGAUAUAAGUGAAGAAGAAGCAAUAGAAAACUGUAGUAACACACACGAAUAAAAACGCAGCAAAGAAGAAUUGCAGAAAGAAGUAAAACGAAACGAUUUCUAGUUGUGUUCGUGUAAUAAGGAAAAAAUUUCGCUGCCAAGUUAAAAUUUGUAAAAAUUGUUAAUUUCAUUGUUGAAAAGCGUAAAAGCGCUACAAUAAUAAAAGGAAAAUGUCAACACCCGCACGCAGACGUCUUAUGAGAGAUUUUAAAAGACUUCAAGAAGAUCCACCAACUGGAGUUUCUGGAGCGCCAACAGAUAACAAUAUUAUGAUUUGGAAUGCUGUGAUUUUCGGUCCACACGACACCCCAUUCGAAGACGGUACCUUUAAAUUAACAAUAGAAUUUACGGAAGAGUAUCCAAAUAAACCGCCAACGGUUAGAUUCGUAUCAAAAGUAUUUCAUCCGAAUGUGUAUGCAGAUGGAGGAAUUUGUUUGGACAUCUUGCAAAACAGAUGGAGUCCCACAUAUGAUGUUUCAGCUAUUCUAACAUCUAUACAGUCUCUAUUAAGUGAUCCGAAUCCAAAUUCACCAGCUAAUUCCACAGCUGCUCAGCUCUAUAAAGAGAAUCGUCGCGAAUAUGAGAAGCGAGUGAAAGCUUGUGUUGAACAAAGUUUCAUCGACUAGCCAUCCGCCACAGCAGCUACAACACGCAAAUCAACUGCAGCUGCUAGUGCAGUAGGAAGAGGAACUGUAACUGCAGCGUCUACAAUGUUUUAUUGAAAUAAAAUUCGAAGAAAAAAUUAAAAUAUUAAAAUUUAAAAUACAUAUAUAUAAUGCAUAAUAUACAAUACAUAAAAACAAAAAUCAUACACAUUCGCACAUCUUUUUCAGUCGGAUAAGUUGUGUUGCUAAAAAUUGCAAUAAAAACAAACUCAUCAAAGAAAGAUGAAGUUGCACUUAUGGCAGCAAAAACAAACAAGACAAAAAACAAAAACAAAACUGUAUGAAUAAAAGUGGCAAAGCUCGAAAUGGAGAACUCAACAAUAUAUUCGUAAAAAUAGCAAUGUGAUUGCUAUGUGCAACUCUUUAAUGACCGAUUAACAUGAAGGAUUUGUCGUUAACAAUUCAAUGUUAAAUCGAUACUGCGGUUAAAGAAAAACAUGCGAUUAAUGUUGAUCUGCGAAAUGCUGUUUCGUCGCGCUUCACAUCUUCAGAAAUAAAUAGAAUUUGUAGAAGAAAACAAUAUAUUAACAAAUAAAAACCUAUUACAUUAAUAUGUGUAUGUACCUUAAUGGAAAUUAACUUCAGUGUAAUUUGAGUGGAAAUUUAGAAAAUAGAAACACCAACGCUAUAAGUGACCGACGUUGUUAAAUUUCGAGAAACGCAGUUUAAGCCAUUGAAAUAAGGUUUAGCCGGAAAUGUAUGUUACCUAACCAGUUGUCCAUUUAAGAUUUCCUAACUCCAGCUUACUAUACGCAGGCUGUUUGGUGACGUCAGCAACCUGCAAACCCUACUUCCUCUCUUGUUACAACUAACAUUGAAUGGGUGCUCAAAAGAUUUGCUUAUUACCACUCUCGUUUUAGAAAUAAAAUCACAUUGAUUAUCUAACUCACAAUAUUAUUACUAAUAUAAACCACCAGUGUCAAUAUUGUUAAGAGGAAAUAAGAAAAUGUAAUUCUCGUCGCAUUCUUUGUAAUUGUUUUGAUGGAGAAAUUUGAUUUGUAGCAAAAUUGAACUGAUGUUUGAAAUAAAUUUUUGAAUUUGCUUUAUUAAACUCACUCCUACGA